UAAGAAGACAGCGAGGUCACCGUCCCCCGAGUGUGAGAGAGUGAGUGUAGGAGUCAGCUGUGGUGACUGUCUCCACCAUGAUUCAUGACUCAGUAUACCCGUGGCAUAGCUUCCCGUCACACACACCUACAAUACUGCACUAAACUAUAAAGAACACAUCAGCGACUACAGGACUCACCACGGCGUUGCAUGAUGGUGACAGUGAAAGGCGUGACUCUGGCAGUGGGCUGCCUGGUCUUCUUCAGCGGCUUCGUCAUAGUCAGUGCGUACUUGUCAGGCUGGUGGCCGGGGAGCGAUGAAGGUGAAGGAGAAGGAGGAGGGAGCCGGACAUCAGUGAGUGAGACCAUCGACGAUUUCAUUAUCAGAGAAGUGAACCAUGACAACAUCAGAAAUAACCUUAGGCAUCUGACUCUGAAGCCUCACGUGGCAGGGACGCCUGCGGAGUUGGAGACAGCGAAAUGGGUGGAAGAGACGUGGAGGGCUCAGGGCAUGGACGAGGUUCAUCAGGUAGCCUACCAGGUCCUCCUCUCUUACCCUGAGAAGGACACCCCCAACCUGGUCCGUAUCUUAAACGACUCAGGGGCAGCCGUGUGGACGUCCCCGGGAAGGCAGAAACCCCUCUACGCCCCCGAGGAGGCAUCCCCAGACGUCCUGCCAGACUUCAACGCCUACUCCGCCCCCGGCAGCGUGGCGGGGGACGUGGUAUACGCCCACUUUGGCCGGGAGGAGGACUUCAAGGCUCUCGAGAACUUGGGCGUCGAGGUGAAGGGUAGGAUUGUGAUGGCCCGGUACGGUGAGGUCUUCCGCGGCAACAUUGCAGCGACAGCGGAGGGUCGUGGGGCGGUUGGUGUGUUGUUGUACCCUGAUCCCCAGCAGUUCUCACCGCUGGGGGAGGAGGAGGUGUACCCCAGCACGGUGUACCUACCUGGCUCAGGUGUGCCUGUCGGUACCGUCUUCACACAUGAUGGUGAUCCCCUCACCCUUCUCUACCCGGCUGUAGAUAGCGCCUACCGCAUGUCGGAGUCUAAAGCCAACCUGCCCAGGAUCCCCAUCCAGCCAAUCAGCUACGACGACGCCCGGCACAUACUCAGACAUAUGGGCGGCGAGUUGGUGCCCAGUGGGUGGCAGGGUGGCCUCAACGUGACGUACCGGCUGGGUCCUGGAUUGGCAGAGACCGGAUGGAAGGUCACCAUGGAGGUGCUCACUCACAACGUCCCCACAACCAUCUACGACGUGGUCUCCGUCAUAAGGGGCAGCGAGGAACCCGACCGCUACGUGAUCCUGGGUAACCAUCGCGACGCCUGGUACUUAGGAGGCCUCGACCCAUCCUCGUCCACUGCCGCACUACUCGAGCUCUCUCGCGUCCUGAACGUGCUCAGGAACGAAACAGGGUGGCAGCCGCGUCGGUCUGUGGUGUUAUGUUCGUGGGGCGCUGAGGAGUAUGGCCUGGUGGGGUCGAUGGAGUGGAGCGAGCAGUUCCAUAAGCAGUUGAUGGCCAGAACCACCGCCUACCUUAAUGUUGAUAUGGCAAUUGAUGGUAACUACACACUGAGGGCGCAGUCUACACCCCUCCUCUAUCACCUGUUGUUUGAGGCAGCAGCUAAGAUCCCCAACCCUGACCCAGAAGAGAUCGCUGCCGGACGACCUACUGUGUACGACACCUGGACGCUCAGACGACCUGAUACAGAUCACCCCGGACGACCUAGUGUUGCCAUCCUAGGAUCAGGCAGCGACUACAAGGCCUUCCAGCACAACCUUGGCGUACCCUCCUUAGACGUACGCUACACCCACGGCCCGGGCUUAUACACCCAGCCUCUCUACCACACACUGUACGAGACCUUCGCCGCGGCGGACGAGCUCUACGACAGAGGCUUCAACUUCCAAGCCGCCGUCACGCAGAUGUGGGCGGUGAUGGCGGUGAACCUCGCUGAUGCUCAGCUGCUACCCUUCUCGCUGGUGGAGUACGGCGACUUCGUGACGGUGGCGUUUGACCAGUUGGUGGAGCAUUAUGGCGACCUCAUCUCCUCCAGGAACAUCACCUUAGAUUACUUCUGCGCUGCCGUGACGGAGUUCUCGCAAGCUGCCAGGAACUUCACCAAUAACAUUAUCAACAUAAACUCUACCAACCCCCUGGCGGUGCGGCGGGUGAACGACCAGAUGAUGAUGGUGGAGCGAGCAAUGAUUGACCCUCACGGCCUCCCAGGACGACCUGACUACAAUCACGUGGUGAUGGUGCCGAGCAUCAGCAACAUUUACGCCAGCACCGCCUUUGCCGGAUUGACAGACGCCCUGGACGGCAUCACUGACCUAGACCCUGAGCAGCAAGAGGAGCGCUGGGACCAGUUCUCCCAGCACCUGGCCGCUGUGACCUAUUACGUCACCACUGCCGGCAAGGUCCUGUCUGAUGACCUCUGGUAACUUAUAGUCUAGCAACUUUGGACAGCAACUUUGGACAGCAUCCAGCAUCUUUCAUGAUCCUUCAUGAUUUAUUAUCACCCCAGCUGUCAGUGGCGACAACUGACACCCACUGACCUCCCCAAUAACAUCUGACCUCUGGUGACGCACGAUGUCUUGAGGUGGCGUCUCUACAACAGUAUUUCAUAGACAACAUUGUACAGUAGGAAGGGAUGGAACAUGAUGCUCUGAGAUGGACUUAAAUUUGUGGCCUUCCUAAACUACUCAUUCUGAAGCAGUUUAUAUUAAGAUUUACUCAUGGCAUGUGUUUGCACUUCAAUAGUCAACUUUAAAAUUCAAAUUGACAUUCUAUUGGACUUGCUGAUGGAAUGUGUUAAGUAGGCUGAUUGGCGAUACAAGGACAUGAUAAAAAGAAUAUAUGAUACAAACAUUGAGUGUUUAUAGUCAAUAAAGGUUGCCGGUAGAGAAGCUGGUGUCGUCA